GAGGAAAUUUCUUCAAAAGAAACAGUAAGUGUUGUGGGAAGUGAGGUAAUGCCUCUGGAGUAUGGUGGGAUGGACUCAGAGAGCAGUCCAUCUAGUUCGGAGAGGACAGUGGAGGUGGUGAGAGGAGAUGAGGUAGUGGGGGUUGGGGGGGAUAGUGUACCCAUCACUGUGGUAGAAGUGGAGGGUAGGAGAGAGAGGUGUUAUGAUGUAGAUGCAGACAUAGUGGAAGAGGUGAAGCAGUAUAGAUCUGAACUCGAGACCAGGGAUAGCCUGGGUUAUUUAGUGGAGAAUUAUGAGAUAUCAUCCCGAGUUCUGAUUAGGCCAGCUGGGGUAGAGGAGAGGGCGUGUUCUGCUCCUCGGGAUCAUUGGAUGCCCAUCGCAGAAUGCAUAGAAGCUGCUGAGCUUUAUGGGCCAAGCGCUUUAAGUGAAGCUGAAAUGGACAAAAUUUUGAGCGUUGCUGGAGGAGUGGCCAUUCCCAAGAAGCCAAGGAAGAAGUCAAAGACUUCAACCAAGCAAGUGGAUGAGGGAGGAAUUGGAAAGGAGGUAGUGCCCAGCACUUCAGCCGGGGUGGAGGAGGAGGUGCCACGGCUGGAGUUGAAGAGGAAGGGUAGGGAGGAGAGAGGGGCACUACAAAAGAAGAAGAAGGUUGUGGAGGAAGAGGAGAGGGGGAGUGAGGUUCCCCUAUUCAUACCUCGGCCUCCUCCUGUUGAGCUCGACUCUGAGCUUAAGGAGUUUGAGGGGGGGGCUGAGGUACGAGCUCCCGGUGAGGGAAAGGGCCUUGUUCCCCCGCUAUCCUUUCAGAGCAGCCUGUUCGAGGCGAAAAAUAUGACGGGGGCCAGGAGGUUCAUCAAUUCCACCUUCCUCGAAGUGGACAAGCGUCACGCACGGGACGAAGCUCUGAGGUAUUGUGGGGCUUCGAUGGUGAAGCAUGUUUUAGAGUGUGACCAGCUGCAGAAGGAAAAGGAAGAGCUGGAAAAGAAAAAUAAAGAGAUGCAAGAGGCGCUGGAUGAGGUGGUUCCAGCUGAGAAGGAGAUAAAGUUGAUGAAGGAGGCUGUGGUGGAGCUGAAGAAGAAUGUGCAGCUGAUGGUGCAUAAUGGGAUGGAAGAGCACAUCAGUAACUUCAUCAGCUCCAGCUCGUUUGACAACAUCGUCAACCUCUACCGGCUGCCAACUGCCAUCCUCGCCUUCACAGACUGCAGAAAGAAGGUGAAUGCUGAAUAUCUCGAGGUGGAUAUUACAAAGAUCACCUUCGGCGAGCAAGAAGAGGGAGUGGAGGAGAAUGGUGAGAGCAUGUCAGCAGACUUCCAUCCUCAGAUCAAACUGAGGUGGGAUCGUGAUGUAGACGGACGCACCGUUUUCCCUCCAAAUUUCGACUUCGAGUUCGUUGCAGUGGAGGAAGAAGAGGCAGAGGUAGAGGAAGAUGAAGUGGGGGCAAGAGUGGAAGGAACUGAAGUGGAUGAGAGUCAACCAGCUCAGCCAGUGGAGAUUCAUCCAGUUCCUUCUGACGAUGAGCAGCCUCCUCUACUAGACGAGCAGCAGCCAACACAGCCACCUCUUCCAACUGAGCAGGAGCCAGUUCAGCAACCUCCUCCAGCAGAGAAAUCAUUUUUUUUUUUUUAGUUUUCUUUGAUGUUGUUAUUGUAACAACAGUAAAACAAUCUGUUGUAAUACUUUUAUUACUUUAAAUGAAAAUUUUGUUUUGAAAUUAUGUGUUGUGUUUGCUUUACGUUUUUGUUAUUUUAUAUUAGUAGAAGAACUGAGAUUACUUUGGAUAUGUCUUGAAGGAAAGUAAAUUAUUUCAAAGAUG